CCUCCGCGCACGGGGGCCGGGCCACUCGGAGCAGCUCCGCCGCGGGGACUGCACCGCCCGCCCUGCCGGACCCGCCCCGACCGGGGCUCGCCGCCCGCAGCAGCCGCAGCACCGCGACCUCGGGCCCUGCGCUGGCUAUGGCUGUGCCCUGGGGCUGAACGCGCAGGCUGUGUGACCGAGAUUCCCAAGAGAGAGACACUCCGAGGAGAGGAGAGGAAGGAGGGGCGGGCUCCUGGCAAGGCAUCCGCUCCUGAACCAAGUCCUGCCAAGAUGGAGAAGGAGGAAGAGACGACCCGGGAGCUGCUGCUGCCCAACUGGCAGGGCAGCAGUUCCCACGGGCUGACCAUCACCCAGAGGGACGAUGGCGUCUUUGUGCAGGAAGUGAUGCAGAACUCCCCUGCGGCCCGCACUGGGGUGGUCAAGGAGGGGGACCAGAUUGUGGGUGCCACCAUCUACUUUGACAACCUGCAGUCGGGAGAGGUGACCCAGCUGCUGAACACCGUGGGGCACCACACUGUGGGCCUGAAGCUGCAUCGCAAGGGGGACCGUUCCCCUGAGCCCGGCCAGACCUGGACCCACGAUGUCUUCAGCUCCCACAGCCCUGACGUGGUUCUGAGCGGGGAUGACGAGGAGUACCAGCGCAUCUACACCACGAAGAUAAAGCCUCGGCUGAAGUCAGAGGACGGAGUGGAAGGGGAGCCUGGGGAGACCCAGAGCCGCACCAUCACGGUGACUAGGAGGGUCACAGCCUACACUGUGGACGUGACAAGCCGCGAAGGAGCCAAGGACAUCGACAUCAGCAGCCCUGAGUUCAAGAUCAAGAUUCCACGGCACGAACUGACUGAAAUCUCCACCGUGGAUGUGGAGACCCAGCCUGGGAAGACAGUGAUCAGACUGCCCUCGGGCUCGGGGGCACUGUCCCCCACCACAGGCUCCACUGUGGACAUCCAAGCAGGGUCCAUUUCCACUUCAGGAACGGAGCUCCAAGGUGCUGGCCACUCGAAGGUCCAGGUCACCGGGCCUGGGAUAAAGGUGGGAAGCCCGGGUGUCAGUGUCAGCGCAAAGGGAUUGGGCUUAGGUAGCAAAGGAGGGGUCCAAGUCCCAGGGGUGGACGUUCUGUCUUCUCUUGGGGGUGGGGCAGCAGAGUGGCAGGGCCCAGCUCUUGAGAGUGGCAAUGAUGGGAAAAUUAAAUUUCCCUCCAUGAAGCUGCCAAAAUUUGGUGUCUCAACAGGGCUUGAGGGUCAGGCCCCAGAGGCAGGGUUGAGUGUUUCUGCCCCUGAAUUCUCUGUGGGGCACAAGGGUGGCAAGCCAGGCUUGACCAUUGGCGGGAACAUCCAGACCCCUCAGCUAGAAGUCAGUGGUCCCUCUGCCAGUAUUAAGGGGCUUGAGGGGAAGCUGAAGGGCCCCCAGAUCACUGGGCCAUCCCUUGAGGGUGACCUGGGCCUGAAAGGUACCAAGCCACAGGGGAGUUCAAGGGUGGACAUCUCUGUGCCCAAAAUCGAGGGCAGCAUCGCUGGCUCCAGGGUGGAAGUUCAAACUCCUAACAUUGAUAUUCAUGGGCCAGGGGGCAAACUGAAUAUGCCCAAGGUGAAGGCCCCCAAAUUCUCUGUAUCAGGUUCUAAGGGAGAGGGAGCUGACAUUGAUGUGACACUUCCUGGGGUCUCUGGGGAUGUUGGCCUACCUGAGGUUGCUUCUGGGGGACUGGAAGGGAAGGUGAAAGAUCCUAAAAUCAAGACUCCUGAAAUGAUUGUUCAGACACCUAAAAUCUCCAUGCAGGAUGUGGAUCUGAGCCUCAGGUCCCCUAAACUGAAAAGAGACAUUAAGGUUUCUGCUCCUGGGGUUCAAGGUGAUGUUAAAGGCCCUCAAGUGGCAGUUAAAGGCGCCAAAGUGGACAUAGAGACACCCAGCCUAGAGGGGACCGUGACUGGCCCCAAGUUUAGUGGUCCUUCUGGGAAAGAAGGAACCUGCAAGAUCUCUAUGGCAGACGUAGACUUAAAUGUGGCCACACCAAGGGUGAAAGGGGGUGUGGAUGUCAUGCUUCCAAAAGUAGAGGGGAAAGUCAGUGUCCCUGAAGUUGAUGUCAGAGGCCCCAAAGUGGAUGUCAGUGCCCCAGAUGUGGACAUUCAUGGUCCGGACUGGAACCUGAAAAUGCCCAAGAUGAAAAUGCCCAAGUUCAGCACUCCAGGAGUUAAAGGGGAAGGGCCAGAUGUAGAUGUGAAUCUCCCCAAAGGUGAUGUCAGUAUUUCAGGGCCCAAGGUCAGUGUGGAAGCCCCAGAUGUCAACAUAGGGGGCCUGGUGGGCAACCUUAAAGGCCCUGAUGUUCAGCUGCCUGAAGUGAGUGUCAAGACACCAAAGAUCACCAUGCCUGAUGUGGAUUUGCAUGUGAAAGGCCCAAAGGUAAAAGGAGAGUAUGAUGUAACAGCAACAAAACUUGAAGGAGAGAUGAGAGGCCCCAAAGUGGACAUUGAUGCCCCUAAUGUGGACGUUCAUGGCCCAGACUGGCACCUGAAGAUGCCCAAGAUGAAAAUGCCCAAGUUCACUGUGCCAGGGUUCAAAGCAGAGGGCCCUGAAGUGAAUGUAAACCUGCCUGAGCCUGAUGUGGACAUUUCUGGGCCCAAGGUAGAUGUCUGUGCUCCAGAUGUGAGUAUUGAGGGACCAGAGGGGAAAUUGAAAGGACCCAAGUUUAAGAUGCCUGAGAUGAAUAUCAAAGCCCCGAAGAUCUCCAUACCAGAUGUGGACUUACAUUUGAAAGGCCCUAGUGUAAAAGGAGAAUAUGAUGUCACAGUGCCGAAGGUUGAAGGUGAGAUUAAAGUUCCUGAUGUUGAACUUAAAAGUGCCAAACUGGACAUUGAUGCUCCAGAUGUGGACAUUCAUGGCCCAGACUGGCACCUGAAGAUGCCCAAAAUGAAAAUGCCCAAGUUCAGCAUGCCCGGCCUCAAAGCAGAGGUCCCAGAAGUGGAUGUGAACCUGCCCAAGACUGACAUUGACAUCGCUGGACCCAAGGUGGAUGUUGAGCUUCCAGAUGUGAAUAUUGAAGGACCUGAAGGAAAGCUGAAGGGUCCCAAGUUUAAGAUGCCUGAGGUGAAUAUCAAGGCCCCCAAGAUCUCCAUGCCUGAUGUAGAUUUGCAUAUGAAAGGUCCCAAGGUAAAAGGGGAAUAUGAUGUUACAGUGCCAAAGCUGGAAGGGGACCUGAAGGGGCCAAAGGUAGACAUCAGUGCCCCAGAUGUUGGAGUUCACAGUCCUGAUUGGAACCUAAAGAUGCCAAAGAUGAAAAUGCCCAGAUUCACCAGGCCCAGCCUUAAAGGAGAGGGCCCAGAAUUGGAUGUGAAUCUGCCCAAGGCUGAUGUCGACAUUUCUGCACACAAGGUAGAUAUUAGUGCUCCAGAUCUGAGCCUUGAAGGACCAGAAGGGAAGUUGAAAGGCCCUAAGUUUAAGAUGCCUGAGAUGCACUUCAAAGCUCCCAAGAUGACCCUGCCAGAUGUUGACAUGGAUUUUAAAGGGCCCAAAAUGAAAGGGAAUCUAGAUAUGUCUGCACCAAAAAUAGAAGGUGAGAUGAGAGCUCCACAUGGGGACAUCAAAGGUCCCAAAGUAGAUGUUAAAGCACCAGAUGUGGAAGUUCAGGAUGCAGACUGGAGUCUGAAAAUGCCAAAGAUGAAAAUGCCUAAAUUCAGCAUGCCUGGCUUCAGAGGAGAGGGCCCAGAUGUGGACGUGAACCUGCCCAAAGCUGACAUAGAUGCCUCCGGACCCAAGGUGGACAUUGAAGCCCCAGAUGUGAGCCUGGAGGGGCCAGAAGGGAAGCUUAAGGGUCCCAAGUUUAAGAUGCCUGAGAUGCACUUCAAGGCCCCCAAGAUCUCCAUGCCUGAUGUGGACUUACACUUGAAAGGCCCCAAAGUCAAAGAGGAUGUGGAUGUGUCUGUGCCCAAGAUAGAAGGUGAAAUGAAAGUGCCAGAUGUGGACAUCAAAGGCCCCAGAGUGGAUGUUGAUGUCCCAGAUGUGGACGUUCAAGGCCCCGACUGGCAGUUGAAGAUGCCCAAGAUGAAAAUGCCCAAGUUCAGCAUGCCUGGCUUCAAAGGAGAGGGCCCUGACGUGGACGUGAACCCACCCAAGGCUGACAUUGAUGUCUCAGGACCCAAGGUGGACAUUGAAGCCCCAGAUGUGAGCCUGGAGGGGCCAGAAGGAAAGCUUAAGGGUUCCAAGUUUAAGAUGCCUGACAUGCACUUCAAGGCCCCCAAGAUCUCCAUGCCUGAUGUAGACUUACACUUGAAAGGCCCCAAAGUCAAAGGGGAUGUGGAUGUGUCUGUGCCCAAGACAGAAGGUGAAAUGAAAGUGCCAGAUGUGGACAUCAAAGGCCCCAGAGUGGAUGUUGAUGUUCCAGAUGUGUGCGUUCAAGGCCCCGACUGGCAUUUGAAGAUGCCCAAGAUGAAGAUGCCCAAGUUCAGCAUGCCUGGCUUCAGAGGAGAGGGCCCUGAAGUGGAUGUGAACCUGCACGAGGCUGACAUUGACAUCUCAGGACCCAAGGUGGACAUUGAAGCCCCAGAUGUGAACCUUGAGGGGCCAGAAGGAAAGCUUAAGGGUUCCAAGUUUAAGAUGCCUGAGAUGCACUUCAAGGCCCCCAAGAUCUCCAUGCCUGAUGUAGACUUACACUUGAAAGGCCCCAAAAUCAAAGGGGAUGUGGAUGUGUCUGUGCCAAAAUGGGAGGGAGAUUUGAAAGGUCCCUGUGUGGAUGUGGAGGUUCCUGAUGUUGAUCAAGAAUGUCCUGAUGCAAAGUUGAAAGGACCUAAGUUUAAGAUGCCUGAGAUACACUUCAAGGCCCCCAAGAUCUCCAUGCCAGAUGUGGACUUACACUUGAAAGGCCCCAAAGUCAAAGGGGAUGUGGAUGUGUCGGUGCCCAAGAUAGAAGGUGAAAUGAAAGUGCCCAAUGUGGACAUCAAAGGCGCCGAAUUGGACGUUGAUGUCCCAGAUGUGGACGUCCAGGGCCCAGACUGGCACCUGAAGAUGCCCAAGAUGAAAAUGCCUAAAUUCAGCAUGCCUGGCUUCAAAGGCCAAGGCCCAGAUGUGGAUGUGAACCUGCCCAAGGCUGACAUUGAUGUCUCAGGACCCAAGGUGGACACUGAAACCCCAGAUGUGAGCCUGGAGGGGCCAGAAGGAAAGCUUAAGGGUCCCAAGUUUAAGAUGCCUGAGAUGCACUUCAAGGCCCCCAAGAUCUCCAUGCCUGAUGUGGACUUACACUUGAAAGGCCCCAAAGUCAAAGGGGAUGUGGAUGUGUCGGUGCCCAAGAUAGAAGGUGAAAUGAAAGUGCCCGAUGUGGACAUCAAAGGCCCCAAAGUGGACGUUGAUCACCCAGAUGUGGAUGUUCAAGGCCCCGACUGGCACCUGAAGAUGCCCAAGAUGAAAAUGCCCAAAUUCAGCACGCCUGGCUUCAGAGGAGAGGGCCCAGAAGUGGAUGUGAACCUGCCCAAAGCUGACAUAGACAUCUCAGGACCCAAGAUGGACAUUGAAACCCCAGAUGUGAGCCUGGAAGGGCCAGAAGGAAAGCUUAAGGGUCCCAAGUUUAAGAUGCCUGACAUGCACUUCAAGGCCCCCAAGAUCUCCAUGCCUGAUGUAGACUUACACUUGAAGGGCCCCAAAGUCAAAGGGGAUGUGGAUGUGUCUGUGCCCAAGAGAGAAGGUGAAAUGAACGUGCCAGGUGUGGACAUCAAAGGCCCCAGAGUGGAUGUUGAUGUCCCAGAUGUGGAUGUUCAAGGCCCUGAUUGGCACCUGAAGAUGCCCAAGGUGAAAAUGCCCAAGUUCAGCAUGCCUGGGUUCAAAGGAGAAGGCCCGGAAGUGGAUGUGAACCUGCCUAAAGCUGACAUUGACGUCUCAGGACCCAAGGUGGACGUUGAUGUUCCAGAUGUGAAUAUUGAAGGUCCAGAUGCGAAACUGAAAGGCCCCAAGUUCAAGAUGACGGAGAUAAAUAUCAAAGCUCCCAAAAUCUCCAUGCCUGAUGUCGACCUGGAUUUGAAAGGAUCCACAGGCAAAGGAGAUUUCGAUGUGUCUGUCCCUAAGAUUGAAGGGACUUUCAAAGGCCCAAAAGUAGACCUUAAAGGUCCAGGUCUGGAUCUUGAAGGCCCUGAUGCCAAACUCAGUGGCCCACAUUUGAAGAUGCCCUCACUAGAUAUAUCUGCCCCUAAAGUAACUGCACCUGAUACUGAUUUGCAUCUCAAGGCACCCAAAAUUGGAGUUUCUGGUCCCAAAUUAGAAGGCGGUGAACUGGACCUCAAGGGACCCAAAGUUGAUUUCGAAGCUCCAAGCUUAGAUGUACACGUGGAGAGCCCAGAUAUUAACACUGAGGGGCCAGAUGUGAAAAUUCCCAAAUUUAAGAAACCCAAGUUUGGGUUUGGGGCAAAAAGCCCCAAAGCUGACUUCAAAUCACCUUCCCUUGAUGUGACAGUUCCUGAGGCAGAGCUGAAUGUUGAGGCUCCUGAAAUUAGUGUUGGUGGCAAGGGCAAGAAAAGUAAGUUUAAAAUGCCUAAAAUUCACAUGAGUGGUCCUAAAAUUAAGGCCAAAAAACAAGGAUUUGAUUUGAAUGCUCCUGGGGGUGAGAUUGAUGCCAGCCUCAAGUCUCCUGAUGUAGAUGUCAACGUUGCAGGGCCGGAUGCCUCACUUAAAGUCGACGUGAAAUCUCCCAAGACCAAGAAACCUAUGUUUGGAAAAAUGUACUUUCCAGAUGUAGAAUUUGACAUUAAGUCACCUAAAUUUAAAGCUGAAGCUUCCCUCCCUGGCCCCAAAAUGGGGGGUGAAAUCCAGGCACCUGACCUGGAUAUUUCCUCACCAGAGAUUAAUGUGGAAGGUCCUGACAUCAAGCUGAAGGCUCCCAAGUUCAAGGUGCCAGGUGUGGAUGUCUCAGGGCCAAAAAUAGAGGGCGACUUGAAAGGCCCCAGGGUGCAGGCAAACUUGGAUGCAUCUGACAUCAACAUUGAAGGCCCAGAUGCUAAAGUCAAAGCACCGUCAUUCAGCAUUUCUGCCCCUCAAGUCUCCAUCCCUGAUGUGAAUGUUAACUUGAAAGGACCAAAGAUAAAGGGUGAUGUCCCCAGUGUGGGACUGGAAGGACCAGAUGUAGAUCUGCAAGGUCCAGAAUCGAAAAUUAAGUUCCCCAAGUUUUCGAUGCCCAAGAUCGGCGUCCCUGGUGUGAAGAUGGAGGGUGAGGGAGCUGAGGUCCAGCUGCCCUCUCUAGAAGGAGGCUUGAGCGCACCAGAUGUUAAGCUUGAAGGGCCCGAUGUGUCUCUGAAAGGGCCAAAAAUAGACUUGCCUUCAGUGAACCUCUCUGCGCCAAAAGUCUCUGGACCUGACCUUGACCUGAACUUGAAAGGACCAAGUUUGAAGGGAGGCCUGGAUGUAUCUGUUCCCAGCAUGAAGGUGCACGCUCCUGGGCUUGACCUCAGAGGUGUCGGUGGAAAGGUGGAGGUGGAAGGUGAUGGUGUGAAAGUGCCUGGAAUUGAUGCCACAGCAAUGCUUGAUGUCGGUGCGCCAGAUGUGACCCUGAAGGGACCAAGCCUGCAGGGAGACCUGGCUGUCUCUGGUGACAUCAAGUGUCCUGAAGUAUCAGUAGGUGCUCCUGACCUAAGCUUGGAGGCACCUGAAGGUGGUAUCAAACUUCCUAAGAUGAAGCUGCCCCAGUUUGGCAUCUCCGCUCCAGGGUCCGACUUGGACAUCGGCGUCAAGGGGCCACAAGCCGCUGGAGAACUAAAGGGGCCCGGGAUAGAUUUGAACCUCAGAGGCCUGAACCUGAAAGGGCCUCAGAUCUCUGGCCCUCAAAUCUCAGCACCAGAUGUGGACUUGAACUUGGAAGGACCAAAAGCAAAAGGCAGCCUCGGGGCCAGUGGUGACAUGAAAGGCCCCACGGUUGGAGGAGGUCUUCCGGGCAUCAGUGUUCAAGGCCUAGAAGGAAACCUCCAGACGCCUGGCAUUAAGUCAUCCAGAUGUGAGGUGGAGCCGCCAGGUGUGAAUGUGAAACUCCCAACUGGGCAUAUUUCUGGUCCUGAAAUCAAAGGUGAUCUGAAAGGUUCAGGAAUAGGUUUCCACGGGGCCUUUCCUGACAUUGGCAUGAAAGGGCCUUCCUUUAACGUGGCAUCUCCUGAGUCAGAUUUUGGUGUCAGCUUGAAAGGCCCGAAAAUCAAAGGAGGCAUGGAUGUUUCAGGGGGUGUCAGUGCCCCAGAUAUCAGCCUGGGUGAGGGGCAUGUGAGCGUCAAAGGUUCCGGGGGGGAGUGGAAAGGACCCCAGGUCUCCUCUGCUCUCAACGUGGAUGCACCUAAGCUUGCCGGAGGACUUCAUUUCUCAGGACCAAAGAUAGAAGGAGGUGUCAAAGGAGACCAGAUUGGACUUCAGGGUCCUGGGCUGAGCGUGUCUGGGCCUCAAGGUCACUUGGAAAGCGGAUCUGGAAGAGUAACAUUCCCCAAGAUGAAGAUCCCCAAGUUCACCUUCUCUGGCCGUGAGCUGGUUGGCAGAGAAGUAGGGGUGGAUAUUAACUUCCCUAAAGCGGAGGCCAGUGUCCAGUCUGGUGCCGGAGAGGGCGAGUGGGAAGAGUCUGAUGUAAAACUUAAAAAGUCCAAAAUCAAAAUGCCCAAGUUCAACUUUUCCAAACCUAAAGGGAAACCUGGUGUCACCGGCUCACCGGAAGCAUCCAUUUCAGGGUCCAAAGGUGACCUGAAGAGCUCCAAGACCAGCCUAGGCUCUCUGGAAGGAGAGGCAGAAGUCGAAACGUCUUCGCCCAAAGGCAAAUUCUCCUUAUUCAAAAGCAAGAAGCCACAGCACCGCUCAAAUUCCUUCAGUGAAGAAAGGGAGCAUUCUGCAUCUUCUACCCCUCCGGGAACUUUGGAGUUCGAAGGUGGGGAAGUGUUGCUGGAAGGCGGGAAAGUCAAAGGGAAACAUGGGAAGCUGAAAUUUGGUACCUUUGGUGGAUUGGGGUCAAAGAGCAAAGGUCAUUAUGAGGUGACUGGGAGUGAUGAUGAGGCAGGCAAGUUACAGGGGAGUGGAGUGUCCUUGGCCUCUAAGAAGUCCCGACUGACAUCUUCUAGCAGUGACAGUGGGACUAAAGUUGGCAUGCAGCUUCCCGAGGUGGAGCUGACAGUUUCCACAAAGAAAGAGUAGCAGGCCUCUGUGUGUGUGUACAUAUAUGUAUAAAAAUACAUCAGCCUUGGGUGAGUUUGUAUAUAAACUCCAAAGAGAAACACGCUGACAGCCUCAGCAGUAACGCAAACACCUGGCCUCUGGCAGGGGCGAGUGCUGAAAAGACAAGCGCCUUUAGGCUCCUCCUGGAGCUUUACAGAUAGGUAAAGAGUUCUCAGUUCUUCGCCCAGCCCGUGUGCAAAGUCAACAGUAUUUGCCUUAAGAUUUCAGGUUUUUGUUUUUGCAUCGAACGCUGAGAGCUCCUGUUUACUAAGCAAGCUUUUGUGUUUAUUAUCCUCAUUUUUACUGAACAUUGUUAGCGUUGGGGUCAUGGAAACCCACUUCUUCAUUGUAAUGACUUUUGGGGCUUAUGUUAGUCAGGGUGGGGGGUAGAGAAGGCAGUAGAGGGGGGCCAGACCUUCACUUCUCCUGCCGUCGGAUCUACUCAAACAGGAAACACCCAAAGAUGGCUGAGAGGAGCUGCCAGGCAGGGCAUGUGGGUGUUUCUAGAACUCUUUAGCGUUGCUUUUUCUUCCGCAGGGGUGGCGGUCCCAGCCCGUUUGGUGCUCAUGAUGAGAGGGAAUUUAGAAUCUGUUUGCAAAUUAGCCAACCCACCAACGGCACGAGGGCCUUCCAUUCUGUGUGUUGUAAGAGAAAUGUUUUCUUUGUGAUCGCCACGUUCCUGAUAUUAAUUCUGAUUUCUUUUAACAAAUGUUAUCGUGAUUAAGGAAAUUUCCAGCACUUUAAUGGCAAAUUAAUUGAGAAUGUAAGAAAAUUGAUGCUGUCAAGGGCAAAUAAAGCUGUUUAUUAACCCGGA